GCCCGAAGCUGUAGCACAAGUUCCGAAGGAAGUCGUCGUACAUGAAGCACGCAAGGUAGUUGUGCAGGAAGAAGCAGACGAUGAUGCUCGCAGUGAUGAUGAGCAGCAGGGUGCUACGACCAUUGGCGAGAAUAACUUUCUCCAAUUUGCUCUGGACGAUCUGCUCACCGAAAGCACGACGGACUUCAACCUCGACUUAUGCAAAGUCCAGGUUUCGCGGCUGUUUUCGAAAGUCCGUGUGGGAGAACGUGUUGAAGCAGCCAAGGACAUGGAACAGUGGAUGAGUGUUCUGGCAUUGUCCCAUACAGAGUCCGAGACGAUGCUCAAGGAGUCGGAGGCUGUAACGGAAGCUGCGCAGCAAGGCUUGGAGGAGCGACGUCAAGAUAUCGCAACACUUGUGGGGCAAAGCAACAUCAAAAUAUCGACGUUGCUGAAGGGCUUCAUGCAGAAGGCCAUCUGUGUGCCGACAAUCAAUGCUAUGACCAUGGUCUCUGAUGCGCAGGUUUCGCAGUACCGGCUUGAGACUCUUGACAUGCUCAGGGCAGGAUGCUUGGUCUUGUCCGAUUCCGGCACCAUCUUUUCAUACGACCAAAACAUGUGGCAGGCCAAGUAUGCCAAAUCUGCCUAUGAUGAAUUCUGGGACGGACUGUGGGACUCUAAGAUUGAAAUCACCUAG